GGGUCAGUAGCCCUACAGAGCUGGGUGAUAACUUAACUUCUACAGAAGGAUCGCUCUGUGACUUUCGUAACUUUGACAAGCAUGAAAAAAACUGCAGAUACAUCAAACACAGUGUGCUACCUCCAGAAACAGGAAUUGAAAACAUGAUUGAUCCAUGUCAUGAAUAUAAGUCCCUGGAGAAUUCGCACAAACUAAACUCAAAUAGUCUAAAAUUAAAGGUAGCAUUUGAGGUGUUAAGAUUUGCAUGUGCGUGCAUGAAUGUACGAAGCAAUGGGACCAUUCAUUUUGGGAUUACGGAUAAAAAUAGCGGUAAACAUCGGCAUGGUGAAAUCAUAGGGUUUCCUGUCAGUAGUCCAGAGGAUUUUGUUGAUGCACUAGACUACAUUGAAAAAAGCUUUAAAGGGUCAGAUCAACAAUGCGACGCCAGGAGUUGCAUAAGGAACCCCCGAUUCAUUGAGGUCCUUGACAAGGAAACUAGUGAGGAAACUAGUGAGGAAACUAGUGAGAAAACAUGGGUCAUUGAGUAUGAUGUUGUACUAAAAGCAAGCAUUGUGAAAGACAAGCUUUUCUAUGUUGGUCUCCCAAAACUCGCUGACAAUGACAAAAAAAACAAACUUGAAAAGAAAGUCCCUUUUCAGAGAGUUGGAGCUAACACAAAAGAAAUACCAGAGGAUGACCUUUUUCUUUUCAUUCAAAGACUCAGGGAGAAAGACCAACAGAGAGAAGAUGCAGAAUCUUCAAGCAAUCAAACAACUGUUGAAUGUGAAGAGGAUCAAGAGAGGAAACUCUCCAUCCUCUUAACAUGUGGGAAAACUCAUAUGGACGACUCCAUGUUCUACAUCAUAGUGACCAACAAAUUUCACACCGAGCAUCUCAGCCACAUGAGCUUCUUGCUACACAUGAAUAUCUUCUGUGUGUUUGAUUUUGACCCUGAUUCAAAAAAAUCUGGUCUUUGUGGAAAAUACAAGGAGCAGAAGGCUGUAAACCUUCACUUUCUUGAUAACUACGCAAAUAAUGAUCGAUUAAAACCUUCAGACUUUGUUGAUUCGUUGCAGCUUUUUGAGAGAACAAGCUGGAUUUUCUGCAAUGGAAGAAAAAACUUUCCCGGAGGAGAGAAAACCUGUGAUGAAAAGACGUGGAUCAAAACAAGAAAGAAGAAACUGAAAAAGGCAGUAUCUCUCAUCUGCAAUGACAUCCUUCCCAGGCAGUCAUUUGUAGUCCUUUUCCUGCUCAUGUCUCAUAUUGAGCAGCCACUUGUUGAGACUUUCCAUGAAUUCUUUGCAGAGAUGAAUGGAAAUGAUUUUUUGGCAGUAAUAUCUGAGUCAAAGGAAAACUACGAAAACUGGGCAAGUCUUGCCCAGGUGUCUUGCCAUAUGUCUUCACUCAAAGAAAUCAGCAUUGUUGAAAUGCCACUGAGUCAUGUGGACGCCACAGUUCAAAGCAUUCAGCUCUCAAAGAAUCAACCCACCAGGACAUUACCUGUCUUUAACGGAGCACUUUGCUUCUUAAAGUCAGUUGAAGAGGCUAUGUUAGAUUCUUUGGAAAUCAUCAGUGUUGACCAGUGUGAUGAUACAAAUGUGGAUAUCAUGAGUGAGGAAGAAAUCCAACAGAUUGAGAGAAACUUCUAUCAUGGUGGAAAGAUAAAGUGGAUCAAUUUCUGGCUGUCUGACAAACAAAAGUGUGGAAAUAUCAUAAAGAGGGAUGCCUAUAAUGAAACAAGCACAAUACUGGAAAAGAUUAAACAGCGUCCCAAGGCCAUACGUCCCAUUGAGAGUGUGAACAUAUAUCAUCAACCUGGCAGUGGUGGAAGUACAGUGGCAAGACAGAUCCUCUGGAGUUGGAGAAAGAAAGUGCGAUGUGCAGUGGUUAAACAGAGUAAGGAAAUCACAACUGUGUGUGAACAUGCAGUGAGACUGAGAGAACAUGACGAGAGAGACAAAGACAACUGUUUGCCAGUGCUCUUGCUCUUGGAGGACCGCAAUGCAGAUUACAUACAUGAUCUCAGGCGGGAACUUGGAAAUGUCGUUGCAACCCAAAAAAGAAAUCCUUCUGUGUUGUGCUUUAUCCUCCUUAUUUGCAACAGGUCAAACAAACCAGAAAAAAUGUGCAGAGAAUCAUCAUCACAAACAGUGGCAGUCAGACAUCAGCUUACAAAUGAAGAGAAACCUUUGUUCUCAAAAAAACUUGAGCAACUCAAGCUGAAGUUUGAAGCAAACUUCAUCCUCACAUUUGUGCUGUUGAUUGAAGGGUUCAAGAAAAGUUACAUUGAAGAUUUUGUGAAAAACCUUCUACUUAAAAUUGAUCAUUCAUCACGCACCACUCGCCUCAUCAGAUUUGUGGCUCUCUUGAACUACUAUGUUGAAGACUCUUACCUAUCUGUAUCUCACUGCGAGGCAUCUCUUGGCAUAGCUACCCAUGUUGAGAGAGCUCAGUACCAUGCCUUUGUGGAUCAGCUCAGUGAUGAAGCUCGGAUUAUUUUCAUCCACCUUAAUGAAUCAUCAACACACAUCUCAUCAAUAAGGAUUAUUCAUCCAAAGUUGGCGGAGGAAAUUUUGACUCAGCUGUCUGCAAUUUUUCCUCAGAGUGAUAUUGCCAUGGAUCUCAUCACUGACAAAGUACUUAUCAAUCAUAGGUUUGCCAGAGACGAGUUGCUGAAGUUCAUCAGAGAUCUUUUCAUCAAACGCAGUAAAAAGAGCAGAGGUGAUUCUGUAGACACAGCUUUUUCACCCCUUAUUGAGCAUAUCAGCACCGAAAAAGGUGGUGUACAGAAAGCUGUUGAUCUCAUGAAAGCUGCUUACCUAGCUUUGGGUAAAGAUCCAUAUGUUGCACAACAGCUUGCCCGGCUGCUUUACACAAAGUUCAGAUUUGAAGAGGCCCUUGAAUGGGCAGAGGAAGCAAAAUCUCUUCUUCCACUUGAUCCAUUUGUCCUUGAUACUUUAGGACAAGUUUACAAGAAGUGGUUUUACCACUUGUUUGACACUAGGACACCAUCCCCUGAAAGCGACAUUAAAAUCAUAAGCACUGCCCUCAAAGGAAUCUCUGCCUUCCGGGCCUCCGAGAAAUCAUUAACGAAAGAGGCUGUCAACCGUUCGUACUACGGGGAAGUAGAUGUUGGCUGCAGGCUGCUAAAAUUCCUGUCAGAAGUCAAUAUUUUUUCAAACAAUACUGGAAAAUCAGAGUUGAUGCAGUACUUGUUAACAGACUACAUACCAGAAGAUGUAAAAAAACCCUGGCAGGGGUUUCAUCAUCAGUUGAAAGGAUUACAAAAGAGCUUAUGCAACGCACUUGAGUGCAUUUCAGAAGACCUCAGCUACUUUCAACCCGACAUUAGCGAAGAGGAUGAAGAACUUGAUGCGAGGGAUCCAGAACAAGUGUACAGUCCAAAAAAAUGGCUGAGAAGGAAGAGUGCUGUAUAUGCUGAAUUCUUUUGCAUUAUAUCAGAUGAGAGUGACCAAGAAGCUGAAAGCGACAGUACUGACAUUGCCAGUCAAGCUGAAGGGCUUUCUCCAUUCCAAAGACAGAUUAGGACCUACAAGCUUGGUGGAGGACAUUUUACAUCCAUCCUCUCAUUGCUUUUUGACAAGGACCCACAGAGGGCAGGAAAAAAACUCGAGACAAUUAUUGAAAUGUACCCAGAAAACCUGAGAAGUAAUAGCUUGGAGCCAACAGAACUUGCAAACUAUAUUGUUUGCCAGAUAGCUCUUAACUGUACUCUACCUGGGUCCUCAAAGCUCCUGUCCCUUGACAAACUGCAAUAUCUCAGCAAGAGAUUUAUUACCAAGGGGAAAAACAUGUCAAGUGCGAGUGCCCUCUUCCUUCUCUCCCUUCUGUUUUGGCCUGAAUCUGGCAAGGAACUCAGUUCUGCUGAUGCUCAGCUCCUUUUAUCAGCCAUUAAUGCACUGCAGAGACUCUUUGAGCAAAAAAGCCUUAAUACUCGUCGGAGGAAACUGUUGACCCACUUCUUUCUGGCAAAGCCAAAAGGUCUUAACAAGUUUGUACACAAAACGGUUAUCGAAGCACUGGUCAAAGGCACUCUAAGUGAACGAAACCUGAAAUGGCUUGGAGGAGAAGUAUGGAAAAACGAGGAAGUUAUGAAGCUACUGCAACGUGUUGAAGGAUGGACAGAAAAUGGAAGCUUGUUUGUGAAAGGUGGAACCAGAGACGGCAAAAUCAGGGUCCAUCCUCGACAUUCUGCUUCCUUGCCAAAUGGAAAUGAACAAGUUACCUUCUACUUGGGCUUUUCAUUCGACGGAGUCGUUGCCAGUGACAUCCAAGUAAUGGAAUAAUGCUCACAAUGUUAAUCUGUAAAUAUUGGUCCAGUCUUGUGACACAUUGUUUUCUCUGGGGUAUGAUUCUCAAGAAUAAGAAACUAGUUCUGAAUACAGCUGUCAAAGGAAAAAUGAAAAUAUAAAAAUAUUUUUCUCUUUCAAAUACGGAAAACAAGAGAAAGGUUGAGUCUUAAACUGAUUUAAUGGAAGUAUUAAGUAGUA